AUGUUCUCCGGACGGCCUAAGCUGGGCACCGCCAGUUUCGCCUAUAUUCGAAUCAUUGGAAUGUUCCAGUUGGCAUUUUUUAUUACACCGUUUCCAUUGAAGAUUCUGACGGAUCAUUAUCAAGCCGGUCGUACAUGGAUCGCCGCCAAUUUCCUUCCAGUCCUCCUCGCCCUGUUUCAUUUUGUCAUCUCUACUUUGUGUCUAUGCUUUACAAUCCGUUUGUUACUUUUGUUGAAUUGUAUACGUAGAUGCCGUCGCUGGAAUUCCGUCUCCUGGGUCGCGUGGCAAAAAAUCUUUUGUCUCCUCCCCUUCGGUACCAUUGUCAAUGUUCCACUAUGCUUCGAAUGGGUUAUCGACUAUGAGCAGUGUAGUUAUGGAAAGGAACUGUACGCUAUCGGACGGCCUCAUUUGUCAGAAGCGGCGAUUCAAAAUCAUAUAAAAACGGAUUUGAUCCGAACGAUUCCGACUAUAAUUUUUUGGAUCACCGCCUUCUGCACGUUCCUCUUCUUUGCCGCCGAGAAAUGCAUUCUUCCCAAACUCUCCAGUCCCUACGCCGCCAAACACAUUCCAUUGUUCUCGAAUCUUCAACCACUCCUAAUUGCAUUCAUUUUGUCGCACUCGACGGUUCAUGUAUUCACCACGUUUCAUGUGCUGUCUAACACAAAAAUGCCCGAAUCGACUAGGAACCAAAUGUACGGAAUCUCGUACUCUCUGCCGUUUCCCAUAAUGCUCGUCAUCUCGAGAACAUUUCGUUCUCAUCUCUUCCAUCUGAUCAGUAACUUCUUCCAAGGGAGGAUUUCCAGACGGCCAAAGAUUCGAAAGGACUCGGCGCUCCGGAAGAUGACGUCACAGAUCGCAAGGCAUAUGGCAUUCAGCAAAUUGGAAAUGGAAAACUCCGAGUUGGAUGAGAGAUUAAACAACAUGCGCACGAUUCUCCGUGACGACGCCGUCUACCGUGUCCGCUUCGCCAUUCCCCAGCAGACAGUUCAAAUAAUUCAGGAAGAGGACAACUCGGAUAACACCAUUUUCAAUCAUGAGCACUAA